AUGGAGCUUGGGCUUGAGCAAUCCCUGCUCGCCGAGCCGUGCAACGAGGAGCAGAUUCGACAAUCACGGAAGGUCAUCAAUCUGCUCAUCAAGAACGUCAAAGAUCAUCAUUUGCCGAUGGUUACCGGUGCUGCCAACGCGAAGAAGGCCUGGGACGCCUUGGGAUCUAUGUUUGCUGCCAACAACAACGCCCGCAAGGUGUCUCUACGUCAAGAAUUCAGCCGUUUUAAGAUGGUCGACGGCGAACCUCUCCCGAUGUACUUUGCGCGUGCAAGACAGCUGCAAACGGAUUUAUUGGGAGUCGGCCACGUAAUCAACGACUCCGAGCUGGCAUAA